AUGUUAGAAAUUUUUAUAAUAUCUAAUGAACAACUUAUUGACUUUAUUCAAGCCUUAAAUGAUGACAAAAAAGAAGAUGCAAUAAAAUUGCUAGAAAAUAUGAGAUAUCCACGAGGCAAAAAUGAAGGAAAAAUUAUAUCCCAAUAUUUGCAACAGCAAUUAGUCGAACAAGCUAUUUUGCUUUAA